AUGGCUACUGAAGCUCGGUUCAAUCUUGCCAAAGAAGAAUGGCUAGCCGCUGCCAAACGUGCCCGCACCACAAAGGAGUCGGUAACAAAAGAUUACGAGGAACAAAAGGAAGCUGGAUUCUUUAGCAAUGAAACCUUUGACCAAUGGGUCUCAAAGAACGCCCCUGGAUUCAUAAAUGCUUGGAUGGAAUUCAACACUAAGGCGGCUCAAUACCAGUCGGCUGUCAUGAGUUAUGACAAGGAGAAAGCAGAGAACUGGCAACAUGAGUACAGCCGUCAAUGGACAGAGAAGUUCUAUGGGCCUGGAGAAGAUAAGGGUUCACAAUAUAUCAUUAUUACUCCUGAGGAAUAG